AUGGUCCGCAAGUACGGGAAGGGGCUGCAGCACUACCUGCUCACCUUGGCCUCCAUCGCCUCCCGGCUCUACGCCCACGCCAGCCUGGAGAACCACGUCCGUCUGGCCGUGGUGAAGGUGGUGGCCCUGGGGGAGAAGGAGAAGGGGCUGGAGGUCAACAGGAACGCCGCCACCACCCUCAAGAACUUCUGCAAGUGGCAGCACCAGCACAACCGCCUCGACGACGACCACGACGAGCACUAUGACGCUGCCAUCCUCUUCACCCGUGAGGAUUUAUGUGGGCACCAUUCAUGUGAUACUCUGGGAAUGGCAGACGUUGGGACCAUAUGCUCUCCUGAGCGCAGCUGUGCAGUGAUUGAAGAUGACGGCCUCCAUGCAGCUUUUACAGUGGCUCACGAAAUUGGGCACUUGCUUGGGCUUUCCCAUGAUGACUCCAAAUUUUGUGAGGAGAACUUUGGCUCCAUGGAAGAUAAGCGCCUGAUGUCCUCCAUUCUGACUAGCAUCGAUGCUUCGAAACCCUGGUCCAAAUGCACUUCAGCAACUAUAACAGAGUUUUUCGAUGAUGGUCAUGGUAACUGUUUGCUGGACCAACCGAGGAAGCAGAUCCUGGGCCCCGAGGAGCUUCCAGGACAAACCUACGAUGCCAUUCGUCAGUGCAAACUGGCGUUUGGACCCGAAUACACAGUGUGUCCUGGUAUGGAUGUGUGCUCUCGCCUCUGGUGUGCAGUUGUGCGCCAAGGUCAGAUGGUUUGUCUGACUAAGAAGCUGCCUGCUGUGGAGGGAACACCAUGUGGAAAAGGGAGGAUCUGCCUCCAGGGGAAAUGUGUUGACAAAACCAAGAAGAAAUACUACUCAGCUUCAAGCCAUGGUAACUGGGGGUCCUGGGGACCUUGGGGGCAGUGUUCCCGUACCUGUGGCGGAGGAGUUCAGUUUGCUUAUCGGCACUGCAAUAACCCAGCUCCUAGAAACAACGGCCGGUACUGCACCGGCAAGAGGGCCAUCUACCGCUCCUGCAACAUCACACCAUGCCCAGCAAAUGCUAAAUCUUUUCGACAAGAGCAGUGUGAAGCAAGGAAUGGCUAUCAGUCUGAUGCAAAGGGUGUCAAGACAUUUGUUGAAUGGGUCCCCAAGUAUGCUGGAGUGCUUCCCGGAGACGUUUGCAAGCUCACCUGCCGAGCCAAAGGAACUGGCUAUUAUGUGGUGUUUUCUCAGAAGGUAACUGAUGGGACUGAAUGUCGACCGUACAGUAAUUCAGUCUGCGUCCGGGGAAAAUGCGUCCGCACUGGUUGCGACGGCAUCAUCGGCUCAAAGCUCCAGUAUGACAAGUGCGGGGUGUGUGGAGGAGACAAUUCCAGCUGCACAAAAGUCAUGGGAACCUUUACCAAAAAGAGCAAGGGCUACACAGAUGUAGUGAAAAUCCCGGAAGGGGCAACCCACAUCAAAGUUCGGCAGUUCAAGACUAAGGACCAGAGCAGGUUCACUGCCUACCUGGCCCUGAAAAAGAAAAACGGUGAGUACCUUGUCAAUGGAAAAUAUAUGAUCUCCACUUCAGAAACAAUCAUUGACAUCAACGGGACUGUCAUGAACUACAGCGGCUGGAGUCACAAAGAUGAUUUCUUGCACGCAAUGGGACACUCUGCCACAAAAGAGGUUCUUAUUGUGCAGAUACUUGCGACAGAUCCAACUCAAUCAGUGGAUGUCCGCUAUAGUUUCUUCGUGCCAAAGAAGCAAGGGCAAAUGACUAACUCUGUCACCAGCAGCGGCAGCGGCAGCAGCAAAGUAACUCCCCAGCUCAUGCAACCCCGCUGGGUUACGGGGCCGUGGCUUUCUUGUUCUCGAACAUGCGACACAGGAUGGCACACCAGGACUGUCCAGUGCAAAGACGGGCAUGGAAAAUUAGCUAAGGGAUGUCUUCUCUCUCAGAGACCGUCAGCAUUUAAACAGUGCUUGUUGAAAAAGUGUUAACCUGUGGUUGUGAUCUUCUUUAAAAGAGGUUUGAUUAAGCCAUUGUUGACAUACUGGUAUUAGGUCUGCCCAGACAGAGAGAAGCAAAGGCUUCAGUAUACUUACAUACAGUCUCAAAUUAUGGGCAGAAUCUGCCUAUUUGGACCAAAUGAAGAUGUGCACUGCUUUAAAUAAUAGUAGGGUGAUCUUAAUAUGUCAAAAAACUAAGCAUUAAAGUUGUUAUAAGCCCUCUGUGUCUGCAAAAAUAUAAAAUAAAAUAAUGCAAAAGAAGAAAAACUAGUGAAUGGAGGAUCCUGGGAUAUCUGAAGGUUACAGAAUCAUCUCCCCUUUUUCACCUACCUCUAAUACAGUAUGUCCUUAGAAAACGUCACAUGUACCUGUGAUACCACAGUAGCUUAUUUUAUACUGUUUUGUAAAUAUCUUUCACUUGGUAUGUCACUUUAUAUCACUUGGUUCUAUUAAAAAAUCAAAAGACAAACUCCAUAAGCAA